CCAAAGCUUUUCAGCUUGCACUGGUCCCAGCUGAGUGGUCUACAAACUUGCAUAUACAGUAUUUUACUAACAUGUAGCCUGUAGGCUAGUGGUUCAUCAAUGAAGACGGAGGAUUAUAUCAAGUCAUUAAGAGAGAAAAUUCGGUCUGUCACCUCACAACUCAUUUGGUCCGUCCAAUAUUUCUGAAAGCUGGGGAUUGUUGCAGUGUUCUGCUAGUUCUCCAGCGGGCGGGUUGGUAUGCAAGUCCGCUUCAGUGGAGGAAAGGGGGGUGAAAGUUCAUAAUGGUUCAUACAUAUCAGGUGACAAUGUGAAAAAGUUGGGCAGCGUCAACGGCUUAAAAACUUUCAAAUGACAAGCGAGGGGAUUGCAAAGUAUGGCGAGGAGUACGAAGGGGACGGUGAGGCUUUGGCAACGGCAUACUACGACGAUGACGACGAUUUUGACACAUUUACUGACGGAGAUCCUGAUUGCAGCUGCGAAGAUGGAGUAUUCAGCGAGGACCCCCUGAGCGGGGAGGUGAAGCCACGUAUCCUGCUGAUGGGCCUGCGCCGUAGCGGGAAGUCCUCCAUCCAGAAAGUGGUGUUCCACAAGAUGUCUCCCAACGAGACUCUGUUCCUGGAGAGCACAAACAAGAUCUGCCGCGAGGAUGUCUCCAACAGCUCCUUUGUUAGCUUCCAGAUCUGGGACUUCCCUGGACAGAUUGACUUUUUUGACCCCACCUUUGAUUACGAGAUGAUUUUCCGAGGCACAGGCGCGCUCAUCUUUGUCAUCGACUCGCAGGAUGACUAUGUGGAGGCUUUGAGUCGUCUUCAUCUGACCGUCACCCGGGCUUACAAGGUUAACCCAGAAAUCAACUUUGAGGUGUUCAUCCACAAAGUGGACGGCCUCUCAGAUGACCACAAGAUAGAGAAGCAGAGGGACAUCCACAAACGGGCCAACGACGACCUGGCGGAUGCAGGACUGGAGAAGAUACAUUUGAGUUUCUACCUGACCAGCAUCUACGACCACUCCAUAUUCGAGGCCUUCAGUAAGGUGGUCCAGAAACUCAUACCCCAGUUGCCCACCUUGGAGAACCUGCUGAACAUCUUCAUAUCUAACUCGGGCAUCGAGAAGGCCUUCCUCUUUGACGUGGUCAGCAAGAUCUACAUAGCAACGGAUAGCAGCCCAGUGGACAUGCAGACCUACGAGUUGUGCUGUGACAUGAUCGAUGUGGUCAUCGACAUCUCCUGCAUCUACGGUCUCACAGGUGAGGAGGCAGGCCAGCCCUAUGAUAAGGAGUCCAUGGCCAUCAUCCACCUCAACAACACCACGGUCAUGUAUCUGAAGGAGGUCACUAAGUUCCUGGCCCUGGUCUGCUUCCUCAGGGAGGAGAGCUUUGAGAGGAAAGGACUCAUUGACUACAACUUUCACUGUUUCAAGAAUGCUAUCCAGGAAGUGUUUGACGUUCGCGUGAAGGUGCAGAAGAACCGCAAGCUCCUGAGCCAGAGGAGGUGGAGCAAGCAGGCCAUGCCCAAUGGAGUCCUCAGUAACCCUCACUGAAAACCUCCCCUUGGUGAUGCUACAUGUCAGUCAUCCAUUUUUAUUUACCUUCAUCCUGCGGUUAUAGGUGAUGAUCUCUAUCCUGCUGGGUUCUGGGAGUUUCUUACUGGCUCACCUGGUUCACUCUCAACCGCUACAUGUUUGACGUCUCUGAAAAACUGAUUGUCACUUUUUGACUUGUAUUAACCCAUACUAAGGCAAGCUUGUGUUUUAUACAUUUGAGGACAAAAUUACCUAAUUGUAUUUGUUACUGAGUAAUUGUAAAAGUAAUAUGGAUGGGCCUUAAUAGUAAAAAAAAUACCAAGUAAACGACUGAAAUCAGCCAUUCUGCACUUAAAGGAAUCACUUCACCAAAGGAUGGCAUCAUACCAAAACAGAAAUCUCUCUGCAUGUAUCAUGUAUGUUGUGUUACCAUUGAUCAACAUGUUUAAGCCAUAUGAAAAUGACUAAAAUCUCCUGGUGUGUUGAUAAAUUUGUUAGUUUCUUCCAUUGUUUUUUACCAUGUAGUCACGUAUAACAUCAAGUGCCAAAUGUAAGGAUUUAGUUUAAAACAAUUCGGACAUCAUUAUCACUGGCAAUUGCUGUCAUCAUUUGAAUGGUGCUUUAUACACAUAAAUUGUGUUAUUCCUCUUUACCAAAGCUUAAUGAACAGUAAUUAGCCAUGAAUCAUGCAUUUCAGUCAGACUCAUAACUAUAUUAUUUCAUGACAGUGAUGUCACCCAGACGUCACAUUAAAGUAUAUUUAAUUUCAUCAAUGCAAAACAAUGUUAUGCCUUGUUGACCUUGAAAGAGGUUUAGUCUGCCUUCGUUAACCCCCCUCCCCCAAAAAAUGUUUGCACCCAUUUUAUUACUAUACAUUUUACUGAAGCAAAGUAUUUAUUUAUUUAUUUUGUUCAACAAUAAAGUUGCAUUUGUUUACACAGGA